UCUGCUUAAAGACCUCCAAAGAAGGAGACUCCACCACACUCCUGGGCAGCAAAUUCCACUGUCGAACAGCUCUUUACAUGCCCAUUCAGCUCAGCCAUUUUUAUUCAUUUAUCUUAUCCAUUUUAGAGGAUGUCUGAUAUCUUUUUUAAAACAACAACAACAACCACCACCUCUAAGCGUUGUACAAAGCAAAAGCCAUAAAAAUCACAGGACUAGAAGGCAAAUAAAGCAAAAAUGCGUACAGGCAACUAACUCCCUUGCUUACACGCACUCAAGCCACGUGUGACUGCAUCGCCACGAACCUGGAAGAGGCAUGAAUAUUGGCAAAAACAGCCCUAAAAGAGCACAAAAAAAGGGCACGAAAACAGCCUCUAGCCUUUGCACCAACCUUUGAGGCCUGGGGAGGGUUGGAGUUUGAGCGAGGAGGUUUGGAGAGAGCAAUUGUGGUAGAGUUAGAAGGGGUUUUAAAUUUUUGUAAGGUUUUUUUUUCAAGGGAGUCCAGUGGCUUAGAGGGCGUUUGCAGGUUUUCUCAAUGGUGUUUCCGAUAUGCGCGAUUUCACUUAAAGGUGCGGUGCCUCGGAACGCAACCCCCACAUAAACAGGGAGUUGCCUGUGGUGUCAAAUAAAAAAUCCAGACUCUAAACACCGAGCAGUACAAUCUGAAAAUUUAGGGGAACUAUUUGUUAAUAGGCACCUAAAACUUGCCACAGUUGCCAGCCCAGAAGCCAAUAUGGCUAGGAAGCAGCGAUGGUAGCCAUGGCACAGGGAGUUGAGCUUGUGCCUCCUUCAUCUCAGUGUUGCCCUCCUAGCAUUCAGCAGGGAGGAAGAUGGGGGCAAACCAGAAUUAGCUGGCUGUUCCUGCGCCAUCUUCGGUUCGGGUGCCACUUCUGUUGACCUCUCUGCCCGCCACCCUACCAGUGCCAAGGGGUGGGGACAGGACUCUGCUCAUUAUCCUACCCUUCUUUGGCAGAGUUAAGCAGCCUGUGGAUUGGGGACUUUUUAAACGCCACGAUGAUGAGUAAGCCCAUCUACAUUUCACUCCAGCGGAAGGGAGAGGCACCUCCGGAUAAAGAAAAUCGGGGUGUGUAACAGGAACCAGGAACAAAUGAAACCAUUUACUGCCAAGCCUUGGCUGAGACUCUGCACCAUAUUCCCCUCCCUGUGACGGUGGGAAUCUACGCACCCUGGGGGAGAGGCAAGAAAAGGCUCUUGUGUGAAAUUGAAGAUCACAUGCGCUGGCGAAGCAAACAAAACAGAAGUGAAGCUGCAAGGACCACGUACUCCCUCCUUUCGUUCCUCUGGCACAUCAUCUUCAUGCACCCCCUUCUGCGCUCAGCAAAGCCUGAAGGCAUCCACUAUAUUUUCAUCAACUUCAACGCCUGGGAAUACGCAGGAUGCGAUCAUACCUGGGCCGGCAUCGUCACAACACUGCUGGAUGAAAUCGAAGGCAAUUACAGGAUCCCGUUCAGCACUUUCCGGUCCUUUGGUGUGAAAUUCAAGGAAGAGCCAGUUAUGCGGAAAAAGAAAUGGGCUUUGAAAGGAUGGAGCAAGGUCUUCUGGUUUGGCCUCUUGUGUCUGCUCCUUGGGUUGUUUCUGAGCACGGCGCUGACGAGGCUGAAAUCGGGCGGCGGUUUAUGGGAAAGCGUGGGAUACACAACAACAGUAGUGCUGGGCGCAUCCACUCUGCCUUUUAUGCGCUGCACAGGAAACAUUUUCUUCACCCUGAAAAAGAAACUCCAGGCGAAAAUGAACGCCAAGGACCAGCUGGGCUUUAUGCACUUUGUGAAGGAAGAGGUGAAAACAAUCACUCAUUUCCUACAAUUCAUGGCCUUCGAGGAGGACCGAGAGAUCCGGGUGGUUCUGAAGAUUGUCAAUUUAGACCUCUGCACUCCGGACAAAGUGGUGGCCGUCCUAGACGCCAUCAAAAUCCUCCUUUCAGACGAAGACGCUCCUUAUAUCACCAUCUUGGUCGCUGACCCAGGAAUCCUGGUGGACAGCAUUCAGUCGUCAAAGACCACCUGCAGCAAUGGCUACUUGUACUUAAAUCGAAUCGUCUCUCUCCCCUUCUCCCUGCCCCGGAUGAGCUGCAAGGGCAAGAGGCGGAUGCUCGCAGGGAUUCUGAACGGAAAAAGGAAACGGGGGCAGGAUUGUGCUACUAAUCCGGAAACUUGGGCUCACAAGCAAAACAGCCAAGGGGUCAAAGAAGCCACGGGCUCAUUGGCCACAGAGGAAGUCCAGCACAUCUUCCAAGACCUGAGCCAUGAGAAUUUUGAAGACUACGUCCCAGGAAAUUUUGUCCAAAUGAACCGGAUCAUCAACACAGUACUGAGCAUUAGGUCCAUGCUUGACCUAGGAUAUAAGCCCCAAUCCGGACUGAAUGUCAGUAGGGAAGAUGGCAGGUUGGUGACCAAAGAGGUGGUCGAUUGGGUUAUCCUUGCCCAUUUUUGGCCUUGCCGCCUGAGCUGGAUUUUGCAGUGUGCAGAAGACGAGCAGCAGGAGGAAAAGCUCAUUGAAAGCCGGGCCAGGGGCUUGCAGCUGAAGCAAGGCCAUGGCAGAGGUGGAGGAGGAGAUCUGCAGGACAAAGCCUCCGAAAGAGACAGCAAGGCCUUGUUGCCGUUUUAUGAGGACAAUGCUUUGGAGCUGGACAAGAUUAAGAACGAUGUCAGAAAACUUUUAGAGCUCGAUGGGGACCCCGACCUUUUCCGAACCUUCUUGCAGAAGAGCCAUUUUACGGUGGGGCGGGCCAGGUAUUUUUCCAACUUCCUCAUCAAUUUAGACUUCUCUCUGAAGAGGCAGUUUGAGUUGCAGCGGGGCCUGAAUCACAUAGUCUGGAGGAAAAACAGGGAGGGCGAGACACUGUCUGUGGAGAAAAGUGCUGGGUUGGAAGGUGAAGGAUAACUCCAGAGCUGCUCAUUGCGGCAGAAAGAUAAUAAUAAUUUUAAAAGGAUCCUAGACACCCUUCACGAGCCUAGUGCCCCUCAGAUGUUUCGGACUACAACGCUGAGAUGAAUUCAACCAUAUUUCACUGCAGAUAGUGUGUGUGUGUGUGUGGUUUUUUAAGAAAGCCUGCAUGGGACAGGAAGAGAGGAAUGAAGUGUGCUGUAUAUGAUAUGCAUUUGUGACAGAUACCAAUCUCACCCCCAAAUUAAAUUAUGUUUUAUUA